GGAACCGUCGGUACACGUGUGACGUUUGGACAGUUUUUGAACUUUUGGUUCGGCUUUUGCUUGUCUUUGCUGAGAUAUGCAUUUUGUAUUUUGCUCUAGUGUAGAUUGGCAAGAAGCGCAGUUUGGUUUGUACUUGCCCACACUCUAGAGUAGACUACAAGACUAGUAGAGUGUUCAGUUUGAAAGCGGCAAGUAGUCCCGACGCUCACAGCCAAACUAAAGCCGAAAGGUGCACGCGGACGGCAGUUCAGUACCAAAAAAUAAAUACUAGUUUCAAGUUUGGCUACAGCAGUUUGGCUUGUUGUUGUCUUGUACCAGGCUGUAGCUUGUGAGCGUCACCGCUCGUGGUGUGCUUACCGUGGUAUGUCUUCUUCCAACGGCAGUAUUAUCCGCCGUGCGCAGGGCCUAACUCCGUAUCAAGGUGUCGGACGGUGCUGGGGAGAAUUCAAAUGUAUGAAAUGUCGCUGCACCUGGUCCAGUAGCAACACGUGGAGGGACAAGGCUCAGAAGUGUACAAUUUGCCGGGAGUACAUCUACCCGUUUCGGCAGGACCCACGAAGACUGCGUCUUCCUCGGCCGCCUCGUCCCGCACCCUACGCGCAGCGCACGCCGCGGCCAUGGGGUGGCCCACCCUCUCGUCCACUUGGACACAACCAAGCGGACUGCGAGAAGUGUGUGGAAUUAGGAUUUAGCUGCAUCAAAUACACCCCUCCGAAUCUUGAGUGCAAGUCGUGCGGCACUGUCUGGUUCAGCGACACGAGCGCCAAGGAAGCGGAAUGUCCGGUUUGUGGCAUCGACAUUCCCGUGCGGGACCACGACCCAGGAGAGAGCCAGUUCAGCUGCAAAUGUGGCAAGCGUUGGACGAGCGCGUUCGUCAGUCCCGACUUUUUUGUUGACUGUCGUAGCUGUGGACGUGAAAUACGUCCGACAAGCACCACUACUAGUAGUACUGCUAGUAGUGGUUCGACUGCGUGUGGCAGUGCUGUGUCAAGUACCGCCACGACAAGUGCUACCACGUGUACUACUACUAGCUCUAACAGUAACGGUGAGGGAAGUGGGUCUUCAGCAAGUACAUGCAACUCCUUGGAGAACUCCACCAGCUCAAGUGCCACAAGCUCUACUGCAGCAGUAGGCAUGACACCUGGUGAGAAUGCUGAUGCUGGCGUCGCUAAUGGAAGGGUGGCCACGACCGAAACAGCGAACGGCGGCAUCCCAGUCAUCGACCUGACGUUGGAAGUGAAAAAGGAGGAAGAAGACGAAACGGACGACCUGCAAGUCGUUCUUGUCGUCACCAACAGUAGCCGCCCAACACCAUGCACUCCUUGCUGAGCCAACGUGGCCGCAAAGCCAUCACCAACCAACAGCAGCAGUCCAUUGACAGGAGAGCUGGGUAUGCCGCUGUUCUAGCUUUAUGAUCUCACUGACCGCACUGACUAGCGGAUCAGUCCGUUGGCUGCUAUGCUGUAGGUGUAGUUUGCUGGCAAGGUAGUGAUAACCAAGAAGACAGUCUUGUCUACUAUCCAAACAGCACUUAGGGGCGAUACACCCCAUGCCCCAUUGGCCAGGCGAUAUGCUUCGGGCAACUUGCCCCAUGUGCCAGGCAACAUGGCAACAGUGCGGGGUCCCCAAUGCUGCGUUCCUUUUCCUCUGCUUCACAGUGCGCUUUCCGAAAGCAACAAUCCUCCGAGAGCGAUAUUCCAUCUGCUAUUGUUCGGUGUGCGUGUGGGUGGAAGUGUCUUGAUCGGUUUCUACGCAUGGCGUACCGUGAUAGUUCCCUACCUGCUCGCAUACAACUGGUGUCCUGAGAUCCCGAGUCCAGUGGUGAUCCGAAAUAAUUCCACGCUGAACGCCUGUAUACCAUGCUCAGCGGCCGCCAAGAACCGAGUGCCAAUUGUGCACUGCUGCUCUGCGCACCACUUUGUCAUGUACUCGCCCCUCUCCCCCUGUUCCUGUAUCCCUGGCCAUACUCGGGACAGGCACCGUCUAGACUGUAGCUCACGAAAUACCAUUAUAGUAACUGCUGGACAGUUCUCCGCAUUCCAAUGCUGUCAUUGUAUCCAUAUCCUCUUAUUUUACAUAGCCUCCAAUGCUGUAGUGGGUCCCAGAGCAUUUCCAUGUUAUUGCUGGUUUCUUAAAAAUUCAACAAGUUUACAAAAAAUACCUUUUUGUUUUGUUCCAGACUUCUCCUUGUGUUGAAGGCUUUUUCAAGGUGUCUAACUCAAAGCCCACAAGGCUAACUCGCUA